CUUUUACAACAAACAUAAUACUUGAUUUUCACACUAAUCUGCUCUCUCUCUCUCUCGUGAACACUUCCCUGCUGAUCCUGAUCGAAGAACGUUGUGUAUAUUACGUUUUUCAUUUUCGUUUCUUUGUUCUUGUUUGCGAAGGAAUUUGUUUUAUUUAUUGAAGAUGAAGGAUCGUUUUGGUCUUGUUAUCUGGAUGGUGCUGGCGGUAGUUUUGACAGCAGCUCAGGCAAGGACGCUGUCGCAGGACGCCGAGGAUUCCGUCCUCCAGAGGCUGGCCGAGCUGGAGGAGCGCGUCGCGGCGCAGGCUCAGGUGAAGGAGGAGCUGCAGCAGGUCGUUAAGAAAGAGGUGGACAGGCGACUUAUCCUCGAGAGUCUCCUCCUGAGGACGAUGGAGGAACAGGCUAUAAAGCUCGGCCAGGUCGAGUCGUCCUCCACCGGCGGCCACGACAGAAUCGUCGCCCUCGAGUCGACCCUCCGGGACGAAAUCUCACUGCGGGAGGAGGCGGAGCUCUCGGGGGACCUGAGGCUCCAGGACCUCGAGAGAAAAGUGACCCUCAUGGAAGGGAACCUCAACCUCAUUACCUUCAUGGACUCGCGUCUCAGAGACCUCGAGGAGUUAGUGGGCGUCUACGGCCAGGAAAUCUCCGAGCUGCAGGGCGUCCUUCCCCAUACGCGGAGAGCCGUGGAACAACUACGGCGGGAACUUCGACGGCAGAAAACGAGCGUGGAACAAAUAGAGAACACCGGAGAAGUUGCACUGAGCGGGAUGGAGGCCAUUCAGGACCGCGUUCGUGAGCUCGACUCGUGGAUAAUGUCGUACAAUGUGACGUCAGCGGAGGACCGACAGCUUCUGCAGGAAGUCGAGGAUACCACCUCGAGGCUGACCUUCUUUCUGCAGGAGGUGCAGGGCACGAUCAGCAACCUCACUCUGGCCGUCAACUCUCUCAAAAGCCAAAUGAAGGCCGCGCCUCUCAAACUGUGUCCCCAAAACUACAGGAAAGUCGGCCGAGACUGCCUGCAUCUCCUGGAGGAGAAGCUGACGUGGGAGGAGGCGCGGCGUUCGUGCGAGGAGCUCGCCCUCUCCGCGGGCGGAGUGGGCGACCUCGCGCAGCCGAGCCACAUCGACGAAUUCAAGCACUACGUUGCGAAACUACACACUGCCACCCAAUACCUAUGGGUGGGCGGCAUCCGCGAGAGCAGCGUGUGGCGGUGGGCGUCGGGGAGCGACAUCGACCACGAGGAGCUACCGUGGGACCUGGGAGAACCCGACGACUCCGACGACCAGUACCAUCUGUGCAUCAAGUCCUCAGCCACCAAGUUCCACGACUGCAAGGACUCGGCCCGCUUGAACGCCGUGUGUCAGAUCCGGUGAAGCUUCGACCCUCCGUCACGCCGCCAGCACAGCGAGGGACGCGAAUGUGGUGAUAGAGCCCCAGAUUUCGGAUUAAGAGGUCUCUGACUUCUUUGAAUAAUCUGAACGCCAUUUGGAAUUCGGUUAGAUUUUGUAAAAAAAUAAAAAAAUAAAAA